AAUCUUACAAAUUGAAUGUGAAUUGAAAACAUGCUGUGUUUUGUUAUCGAGUGUAAUUUUAUAUAGGAACUUCUGGAAUAAAAUAUUAAUAAUAGAAAAUAUUUUCUAUUAUGUGGUAUCGUUUAAGAAUUUUUAUUUAUAUUUUUAUAUUAUUUCAAUUUGUUUCACUGUCUGAAGAAAUAAGUGCUCGUAUUAAGUUGCAUGUUGAUGGUUCUGGUUUUCAUAGAAACUUAACAUAUCACAUUAAACUAAGUAAUUUUAGUACGAACAAUUGUUAUAUAUCAUUGCAUUUUGUACUUCCUUCAGCUCUUUACGUAAACAUUAAUGAGUUAGCAGAUCUAAGAAGAGUCGAUAAGAUUAACAUAUGUUCUGUAGGAGAAAAAAAUAUAGAAUUAUUUAUGGAGAAUGCGAACUCUCAGAAUAUUACUUUUUGUAGCCUUAUCAAUAAUGGCACAUGUAUCGCAUCAUUACCAAUUCACCAACGAUAUCAAUAUCCUAAAGAGAAUGGUGAUUAUGAAAAUAUUAUUUUAAAAAAACCUAUUUUACUUAUAGGUUGCAAGCAAAGAAUUAAAGAAUAUAGAGUCUCUAAAACAGAUAUAUGUCCAUUGUGUGCCAAUAUGACGAUAAAAUGGAGAGAGAUACCAUAUGUUAUUGAUGAGAUAGAUUACAUAUGGAUAGUACCUAUAGGAAAUACAUCCUUUUUGCCUUGCGUCACUUGCAUUACAUUAUUAACAACAAUUAUAGGAACUGUUUUUUUAAUGGGAACAAUAUGGAAGACUAUGUCUAAAGAACAUUUAAAGGAGAAUUAAUUUAUUUUCAUAUUUUUGCAAGGCGGAAAAUUAUGAAAGAAUAUAUAUCUUUUAAGAAAGAAGCUUUAAUAAAUAUUAAAUAUGUCUUAAAUAUAUUUACAACUUACUUUUUUACAUUAGAAAUAUUUUACAAUAAAGUUAUCUUAUUGUAUAAAAUAAUAUGUUUGUCAUGGGUUCUUUUGAUCAUUUGUUUUUUGUGUUUCAGAAUUAUCUUCCAUUACUACUCCUAUUUGAUAUAUUGAAACUGGUUUUUGCUUUUUUAUUGGAUCAUUCCACUUUUGUACUUUACCUUUACCAAAUAAAAUAAAAAUAAGA